UGUGUCUCUUUCAGUGACCUUUUAAAUGCUUUUAUUUUGAACACCAAAGAGAAUCUUCAAAAGUUGCAAUCCUCCUUCAAUGUGUUAGAAGAAACUCUGAAGUCUAUUUUGAAUGAUUUGGGAAAUAUUUCUAAGACAAUGCAAGAAACCUCUCAGUCCCAUUAUGGAUUGUUACUGAAUGCUCUUGGUGAGAAAAAUGAAAUGGGACAGGCAUUACUGGGAAUGGAGAAAAGGCUGCAAGAAAAAGACACGGAGAUCUCAGAUCUGAAGUCUAGCCUUCAAUUGCUAAAAGAUAGUCUGGAGCAAUUUACAGUUCAGCAGAACCAGCAGCACUUGAAGAUCUGUGAACAAUUGGACCCCGUGAGGCUUUCCAAAAUUCUGAAUGACUUGCAAGCAUUCGUUUCUGCACCCAAAGAAUCUCAUCGUCUCAAGGAUAACAGCUCCCAGACGUCUCCAGAUAUGCUGCUGGACCAAUUAUCUUACAGUUGCCACUUGACUGUUCUAACCAUCUCUCCUGCAAACAAAGACAUAUCUAAUAAGGCUGCCUCAGAAAGUAAAGAAAAUGUUGACAUCCGGCAGAAGAGCCAUAUUCCAGCCGCAGGCCCCAAUGCCGACAAAACGCUUUGUUGCUGCAGUGCAAGUCUCCUUACAAAAAGCCAAGAGAGAAAGUGGCUCGUUAGUCAAGAGCCAAACGAAGCUACUCCGGUAAGGAAAGUGAUCCAGAGAAACAACCAAGCGAAAGGCUACAGCGCUACAAAACAGUCACGGCUAAACCUUCCUGAGAUGGCUAAUGGGUUCGUGCGAAAUCGUGCAGGGGAUGGGAAAAGCGAGGAGCUCACCCCGGGCAGGAUGAAUAAUAAAAGCAAAGGAAACAGAGUUAAACAGGGCAAGCCACGGUUGUCUAGCCAGAGGAAAAUAAUGUACCCCUCCAGGAAAGGAAACGGUUUGAAAUAUUCCAGGGCUAAUGUAAAACAGGAAACAACGGGAAAAGGACACUCCAUUGCAGAAUACGCCUGUAGGGAAGCGAGGGAAUCUGGUAGUAUUAGCUUGAGGCCCCUGGUUUUGAGUGAGAAAAAGACAGGCAGUCUCCAGGACAGAAAGGCCAAGAAAUCUAAGCUUCUGUUCCUUCCCCAUGAAAACCAGCAGCCCACGCCGAAUCUCCACGAGAGGCCUGACAUUAAGGGCAUCCAUGGUUUCUGGCCCUGCUCCUCCCCAGAAAGUUCCUUUCCCCAAACUCAGAUCAAGUGGCUAGAUCUCUUUGACAGUUACUCCCUGACUAAUUGCAAUACUCCUGUCCCCAAGAAUGCCACAACCUGUUGCCAACUAUUUUUUGAUAGCGAGUAUUCUGAUUAAAAGGGGUUUGUAUGUAUCCUCUGCUGUGGAACUUUCCUUGUAAAACGUUUCCAGAAAAGAACCCCAUUUGGGUAUUGUAAAUAG